UCUAUACAUACACCACUUUUGUAUAUAAAGUUUCAUACAUACAAAGAAAGAGAGAUGAACACCUUCUCAUGGCCGCCGGAAAAGAACCGAUCAAUGUAGGAUUUGCGUCAAGUUCAGUUGAUCUGCUAGUUCACCAGAGUUUUGCCUCCCUUGCAGUCAUUGCGGGAUAAGGAUACUGGAAAAUUGAUGUCAAUGCUCUCUUGCUGCAUAGCACUCUGGUUCAAUAAAGUUGUAUUCACGAAUGAACUGGCACCUACAAACUGAAGGCGACAUACCCUAUAGUUUGAGUGGAAGCUUUAUGGAUUUCUUUGAAGGACUUACAUACGAGCAUGUCAAUUUCAUUUUUUCUGAUGUUACAUACCCUCAGGAGAGCACACAAUAUACAAUGAAUACCAAUGCAUACAAGUCUGCAUACUCCGAACCUGGGAGUUUCUCGUACCAUGAUUAUUGUGAUGCUUAUGCAAUCAAUGAUCAGACAUACGGGAACAGUGGAUUUACUAGGCAAUUGGAGAACGCCUCAACCAUGGCUGAUGAAAGAAAUUCAGCUGUACGUAUGCAACAAGAUGGGCAAUCAAGCUCGAUGUCCCAUGCUGAUCCUGCUGACUGUCCACAAAGUAAUCAGAAUCCUGGUGAUUAUCAGGUGGUGUGGGAAGACAAUGUUGAUCCUGACAACAUGACUUAUGAGGAACUGCUAGAGUUAGGCGAGGUUGUUGGAAGUCAAAGUCGUGGUCUGUCUAAGGAGGCUAUUUCCCUGCUCCCUGUUUCGAAGGUCAAGAGUGGCUUCUUCUGGAGAAAAAAAUCAAGAAAUGAGAGGUGUGUGAUCUGUCAGAUGGAAUAUAAACGAGGGGAACGCCAGAUCACUCUUCCUUGCAAACAUAUCUAUCAUGCUGGAUGUGGCAGUCAAUGGCUUACAAUCAACAAGGCGUGCCCCAUUUGUUACAAGGAGGUGCUUGUUCAUAUUCCAAAACAUUCAAAAAGAUUUUGUAAGUGAACAUAGAAAAAAGAGAGUGAUUUGUUUUCUACGCAUUAUUUUACAAUCGUAUUAGAGCAGUAUAUGUUAUUUUAAUCCUUCCUUCUUUCCUUGCAUCAUAGUUUUAGUAAAAUUGAUGGUACUUGGAUUAUUAAUUAGCUUCUGUGUUAAAUAAAGAACACGGAGUGGUUGUAGUUUGCAUUACUUCUAUUUAAGCUUCACGUUUCUUUAUGAUUGAAA